AUGCUCUGUUAUGAUUUAAUCCUGUUGUGUUUUGUUAUUGCAUGUCAGACGAUGGCGGAUGACACGGAGGAUGUUGAGCUGGACUUUGCUGAUGAUGAGCAGGAGAGGGCGCGGAGAAGCGCAGUCAUAAGACACCCCCUUGCCUCUUUUUUCCACCUGUUCUUCCGGGUUGUUGCCAUCGUUGCCUAUUUGCUCUGUGACUGGAUCAGCGAGAACUUUGCAUCAUGCUUUGUCCUGAUCAUCACUCUGCUCUCUUUUGACUUCUGGUCUGUCAAGAAUGUGACUGGCAGGCUGUUGGUGGGGCUGCGCUGGUGGAAUCAGAUCGACGAGGAUGGAAAGAGCCUCUGGGUGUUUGAGGCCAAAAAAUCCUCCCGGGGCAACAGCAUUGGGACAGAGGCUGAGGCAAGGAUAUUUUGGCUGGGUCUCAUCAUCUGUCCUCUCAUAUGGACAUUCUUCUUCUUCACCUCCCUCUUCUCCCUGAAGAUUAAAUGGCUGUCCCUUGUUGUAGCUAGUAUUUCCCUCCAAGUGGCUAAUCUCUAUGGCUACCUACGCUGUAAGGCAGUGGGCGAGGACGGCCAGCCUGCAGACACCCGCUCUUUCACGGGACAGCACCUCCUGCAGCGUCCAGACAUCAUCUUUGGAAUACUAUGAAGAUGACCUCCUCCUGAACAGCCACUCUGCUGUGUCUCUUUGUGAGCGAGACAGAGGAAGAUAGAUGAGAGCCGCCUCAUCUCCAAAGUUCCCACAAACUGCAUCUACUUGAAUGGCUGUGUGCCUUGUGCAUGCCUUAUGCUGCUGACUGUUCACUUCACUGUGUUGCCCGUA